AUGUCACCAGAUCUCAACUCCCUUCCUCCAUCUCGUUCCACUUCAAUCUCGUCCCGUACUAUGUCUGCUACACCAGGAUCCGGUGCACCCGCGAACCCCAAUGCCUCCCCAAGGCAGUCCCGUGGCUCGAGCAUAGGACGACUAUCGGUUUCUGAGCGACGUAGAUCUAACGCCGGACAUAAUCUAAACCUGAAUGAGAUGCAGCCCAACGAGCCCUCCGCCGAGCAUCGCAGUUCCAUCGGACAUGCAUUCCGUACAGUCAGCCCAUCCAGCCACGGCGGAAGCCCCAUCUUCGCGACGGCGGAUCCCCAUCACCAGCGGGCACCAUCUUUGGGAGAGUUGCAUCAAGAACUGGAGCAAGAGCAGGAAGCACAAGUGAAUCGUCUGUUGCAAAUGAUCCGCAGCCAGCAGGCCCAACUGAAUCAAUACCAGCAAGGCCAGCAGCAACCAACCGCGCAGUCAUCAGGUGCCAUCGACGAUACCCCGUCCUCAGAGCGGUCGGCAUUCUUUCCUCCUGGUCCACCAGCACCUUCAGCAGGCAAUAGACUUUCGAUUUCUUCAUCAGCCUCGAACAGACGAGCAUCGCGACCUUCGAGCCAGGCAACGUCACCAAGCUUGCGACCACUUGAUUCGCGUGGACCGGAAGGCGUGGAACCUUUCCCCGGGUUGCGGGAUAGCACAUCUCGGCGGGGAAGUCGGGAUGAAAGUGCAUUUUACCAAGCCGAAGCUAGCUCACUAGGCCGAGAGAACCUCCUUCUUCGGCAACGGAUUCGGGAACUAGAGAGACAAAUUGCAGAAAUAUCGAAUGCUCAAUCUGCUUCGGCGACAACUACAUCGGGUGCUCCGCCCGGGCAAGCGGGUCCCGACGUCUCGGACCCGCCUGCCGUGGGGUCGACGCGAGACGGUCAAGACUGA